CCCCAGCUGGGGAAGAUUCUGUCACCCACACGAUCAAACCUGACACCGGGGCUGAGCUCUGCCCCUAACGCUCUGAAUGUGUCUCUUCCCUCAGUGAAUGUGACUCUGGAUCCGGACACGGCUCAUCCCCGACUCAUCGUUUCUGAGGAUCGGAAAAGUGUGAGGCAGGGAGACAUCCAGCAGGAUCUGCCUGACAACCCCGAGAGAUUUGAUUAUGAGUGCUGUGUGCUGGGCUGUGAGGGAUUCACCUCGGGGAGACAUUACUGGGAGGUGGAAGCGGGGGAUGGGAAGUACUGGGCUGUGGGGGUGGCCAGAGCGUCUGUGAGCAGGAAGGGAGAAUUCAUGUCUAACCUAAACCCUGAGGUGGGGAUCUGGGCUGUGAGGCUGUACGGGGGUCAGUACCAGGUUCUCACCUCCCCAAAGAUUCCCCUGACCCUGAGGCGCGGCCCCAGCAGGAUCCGGGUUUGUCUGGACUAUGAACGGGGGCAGCUGGCAUUUUUUGAUGCUGAGAACCAGGCCCCAAUCUUCACUUUCCCGCCAGCCUCUUUCACUGGAGAGAGAAUCUACCCCUGGCUCUGGGUCAGGGGCGGGUCCCAGCUCAGCCUGUGUCACUGAGGCACGGGGGGAAAUAUCCCACUGAAAUCAGAAUCCCUAGUGUCUAUGAUCUGGGAGGCUCCGUGGGGUCUCUGGACUGUAAACACCAUAGAGAGCAGGAUGUCAUCAAGAAGAAGACGCCAAGCUCAUUGCCCCAGUGAUUGUUCAGUGUAUUUGACUCUGUUCUGUAUGAUCCAGGAGGACUGUAGCCCAGAGACUGACAGCUGGGAACCCAGGGAAGGGGGAAAUGGAAGUGAAAAGGAGGGUGACAGUGAAACUGGUAAAUCCUAUUGGAAGUGAUUGUGUCAUUCAUCUCAAAGAUCAUCCGCUUGCU